AGACGGAGCAAUCACUUCCGGUUUGACCUGUAUGCAAGACAGCGUGUGCUUUUCGACUGUAUUUUGUGCAGGACUUAAAAUACCUCAUGGCUAAAGACAAAUCACAACAGAAGCCUCCAAAGAGGAAGGCGUUGCCUCCAGCUGACAAUGACGUUUGUGUGCAAGGAAAUAAAGUAAGUAGAGCCAAAAGGAAAAAGAUGGAAGUAGAGGUGGAUCCAAUUUCAAUUCCAGAUGACAACACUGGAAUGGAGGAAAAACAAAAGAAGAAAGAAAAGAAACACAAGAAGAAACAAAAAACACAGCAAACAGAAACGACAAAUCAGAUUUCAGUUCCACCCAGUGAUCCAGAGGGAGAUGAGGACUUGAGUCCAGAGGAGAGGCGGGUCUUGGAGAGGAAGAUUAAGAAGAUCUUGAAAAAAGAGAAGAAGCUGCUGAAAGGAGACAAGAUUACCUUACCAAAGACUGAAGCGUCUGCUGGGCCGACCGCAGCCAAGCAGGCCUUGGAUUACCUUACCUGCUGGGCUGACAGUCGUGCAGAUUGGAGGUUCCAGAAGAUACGGCAGACGUGGUUACUGCAGCACAUGUUUGACUCUGACCAGGUUCCAGAUGAUAGGUUCACCGUGCUGCUGCAGUACAUAGAAGGCCUCCGUGGAGGAGCAAGAGACACAACAGUGAAGAAGGCCCUAGAGCUGGUUCAAGAAUCAGGACAGGAGGAUCCCAAUGUCCACCAGAGGGCGCAGAGAGCCAGAGAAGUUAUCCAGAUGCUCUCUUGACGCUGCAACUGAUAUUGUCCUUAUUUGCUCUGAGGCUUGGACUUUUUUGUAUCUUUAUUUUACCAAUGAUUUCACUGCCAAUAUUAGUUAAUACAUAUUUAAUGUAUUACAGUAUUAGUGUGCUUUGGACUCAUUUCAUGCCAGCAUUCUAAAGGAAGGAAAUUGAGCCUUUUGAUGCACAAAGGUGACUUUUUAAUAAAUUACAAGGUGUUUUACUGGAACAUUUUGUAAAUAAACGAGAGAACUCCCAGAAAAGACUUUCAGCGGGGAUCUGCAAGGCCAGUGUCCCCUCGUAAAUGUUGCACCAUAGUUGUGGUCCUAGCACCUUUUAACUCAUCUGUCACAAAACAAAAAUAUAAUAUUACACACAAAUGUCUACACUCAGAUUGUUUUGUAAGGGUGAUGGAUUAACCUGGUUGUGUAUGAAAAGGAAUAUUGUGAUGCGUGAGGAGGGCUCGCAGUCUCUCAAUCUCUUCUUGCUGUUUUUGAAAAUCCUGUAAAAGGUAUGUUCUUACAUGCUGAAUGGUAUUAAGAUAUAACAUGUACAGUCACAAAAUAUCAUUUUUUUGUAGAUUUAUAUGGAAAAUGUGUUAAAACCGUGCAUACCUCAUUACAUUUCUGUAAAGAGUUGUGUGUUUCUGAUUCAACUGCAGCUUCAGGUAGCUUCACUUUUACUUUUUGAGUCUUCAGGAACCCGGCAUCCUCAAAUAUAACUCUCAGGAGGUUUUCAUAUCCCUGCAAAGAACACGUGGCAUUGCAUUAAGGUUAAACACUCUUCCGACAGAUCCGUGGGCGAUCCACAUUCUGUGCAAGGGGGCAUGUCGCUGUCGUGAGGCAUAGAGCACCAAGUCAGCCCAAGGCAGGAGAGAAAAGAAUAAGAAUAAAAUAGAAUUCACAUACUCACCUGUCAGUCCCUGGUGGUGUAAUGGUACAACUGCUGCCUUUUAAAAGGGAUCGUUUGGAUUUUUUGACAUGAAGUAGUAUGACAUCCCCACCAGUGUUGUACUACACCAACAGUGACUUAACCCCACACACCCCAAAUUGGUCCCACAAGUCCAGUUCUGGUCAGAUUUCCGUGACGAAU